AUGAACUAAAAUAGACUUACAUAUGAUAUAUAAAGAAGGAAGGAAAGAAUGACGAAUUACUUUACCGAAUAACAGUAAUUUCAGGAUUUCACGAAACCUGAAAACCCAAUCAAAAUUUUAAAUCCAAAUAAGGCUCCUUAGCAAUUAGAAUCUCCUUUGGUCAAUUAGGUCAAAUUUUAUUUUUAAAGCCGAGUUAACAGAUUGGAAUUUACGCAAUUAUUUGAAGGAAAGGAAUCUUUCUCAUAAAUGUUUGCAACUAUCAUCUUUACAACUCUUUUAAUUCUAGUUUUUGGCUUCGCCGCAUAUUAUUUAAAUUAUAUAGGCAAAACAUUUAUAUGUUUAGUAAUGUUAGUGAAUGGGUUUCAUGUGUUAGGAUUGCAUGUGUUUUAUUUUUCAAAAAACUCUGAUAAAGCCUUGGCAUACUUGUUUGUCAUUCUGAUACUACAAUUCCUUCUUUGCAAUCAACUUUGGGGAGGAGGGUUACUCAAUAAUAUCUUCACUACUUGUUAUGUGGUGUAUAAUGGAUACAAAUUCUUAAGAUAAUUGCCAGUCUCACCUCCAAACUAAAGUUAGAUUUUGCACACAUAUACCCAAUACUUUUUGCAUGCUUUGUUUGUAGCAAUCAAACCUACUACGAUCAGUAAAAGGGUCAUAAACUUCCUCUUUUUCUUGAUACCUGUGUAUAUGUUCAUCUUCUUAAUCGACUUUUUUUAUCAGCAAUAAAGAAUUACAACAAGGAAGAUAAUGUUGGCAUGCAUUCUUGAUUUAAUACUAUAAUUUUCAGAAGGAGUCAUCAUAGUUUUUAAGAAAUACUAUGUUUUCAAUCUAUCCAGAAAAGCUGAUCAAUUGCCUCUCUUUAUAUAUCCAUUGUGCUUGCAAAAUAAUCAGCAACAAGAAAUUGCAUCAAUUAAUUAUGUUAAUUCGCUAUAGAAUGAUGACAAGGUGUUUAAUUUAAAAAUGCUCUUUCGAUUAGAAGGAUGUCAGCCACCUGCAAUUGCUGAUAUAAUGCAAUCCUAUUAUUAUGAAAAAUUAAAACAAUAUGUGCAAGAAAUUUAGACCAACUUUUCUUAAAUAUAAAAAUUAUUAAAUGAAAAAAGCAAGGUUAGGACACUCUUUGAAGAUAUAACACUCCCAUUUACAUUCCUCAAAUAUUAUUAUAUGACUUAUAGAAUUAAACGGUAAUAACGACAACUUAUUAAAUUGUACUACUUCAUUUUUAAAUCUUUCGAUUCAUUUUAAAAGGAUAACCAAUAUGAAGCUGAAUGUUUGAGAUUCAAUAUUUAAUUAAUAUCAACAAUUUAAUAGAACAAUUUUGAAGAGCCUAGAAUCAUUAAUAUUUGCAAAAAGAUUGCCAAAAUUUCAGACAAGCAUAUGAAACAUGAAAUAUUUUAAUUAUUAUUAUCGUGA